UCCGGCGACGGCGGCUGCGAGGCGCUGGCCUCCCGGCGCGGGGGUCGCCGCGGGGCGCGUCCGUGUGGUCCGCGGCCCUCGGGUCGCCCGGCUGCCCCCGGACCGCUUAGUCCCAAGCCGGGUGUGGUUUCCUCUACCGGAGGUGAAGCGGAGUGAGGGGGACCUGGGCCCUCGGACCAGGCUUUGUGGCCUCGCUUGUGAACAGGCUACGCUCCUGCCCCUCUUCUGGUUUGCAGUUUGGUGCUGCUACUCUCUGGAUGAAACAUGACUGAGGACUCUCAGAGAAACUUCCGUUCCGUAUAUUAUGAGAAAGUGGGGUUUCGUGGAGUUGAAGAAAAGAAAUCACUGGAAAUUCUCCUAAAAGAUGACCGACUGGAUAUUGAGAAACUUUGUACUUUUAGUCAAAGGUUCCCUCUCCCAUCCAUGUACCGUGCACUGGUAUGGAAGGUGCUUCUAGGGAUCCUGCCUCCACACCAUGAAUCCCAUGCCCAGGUGAUGAUGUAUCGCAAGGAGCAGUACUGCGAUGUGCUUCAUGCCCUGCACAUUGUUCGCUUUGUCAGCGAUGCCACACCUCAGGUUGAAGUCUAUCUCCGCAUGUAUCAGCUGGAGUCUGGAAAGUUGCCUCGAAGUCCCUCCUUUCCACUGGAGCCAGAAGAUGAAGUAUUUCUUGCCAUUGCCAAAGCCGUGGAAGAAAUGGUAGAGGAUAGUGUCGACUGUUACUGGAUCAUUCGAUGCUUUGUGAACCAACUAAACAAUAAGUACCGGGAGUCUUUACCUCAGCUGCCAAAGGCUUUUGAACAGUACUUGAAUCUGGAAGAUAGCCGUUUGCUGAGUCAUCUGAAGACGUGUUCUGCGCUGUCCAGACUUCCUUAUGAUCUCUGGUUCAAGAGGUGCUUCGCAGGGUGCUUGCCUGAAUCAAGUUUACAGAGGGUUUGGGAUAAAGUUGUAAGUGGAUCCUGUAAGAUCCUGGUUUUUGUAGCUGUGGAAAUUUUAUUAACCUUUAAAAUAAAAGUAAUGGCUCUGAACAAUGCAGAGAAGAUAACAAAGUUUCUGGAAAAUAUUCCUCAGGACAGCUCGGACGCGAUUGUGAGCAAGGCCAUCGACUUGUGGCACAAACACUGCGGGACCCCCGUGCACUCAGCCUGACCGCUCCUGAUGCGCACGGCCUGCCAGGCCCAGUCACUAAACUUACCGAAAAUAGGGUUCUUGCUUUUGUGCCCAAAGCAUAAUUUUUUCCGAGUAAGAUUGGGUGGCAUAUCGUGGAGCAGCAUCUUGUGGUUCACAGAAGUACAAAGUUCAACUCUGAAUAGCAUUGAAAAGGGUUAUUCGAAAACACUUCCCCAUUUUCAAAACAGUUCAGGCAGGGAAGGCGGGUGCUUUGAUAGGCAGUGUAUAACCAAGCCUGCGCCGUUCCUCUCUAAUUAGCACCAAGCUCGUUACUUUCUAAGGCUAUUUCUGGAAUAAAGAACAACUUCCUUUUGUUGACAGCUCAGAUUCGGCUUUCCUUGAUGCAGUACUUGUUUAAAUCUAAACUGUCUGGUUUCUGAGGCUUUGUCUUGCCAAAUAGGUUUCAAUAAAAAUCUUACAUUUUU